GCCCACUUCUUGUUGAGAACAACUGCGCAUCAUGGGGGCCAUGGACGUGCUGAAGAAAUGGGACUUUUACAAGAAGGUGCCAGAGGACUUGACGGUCUCGACGCUGCCGGGUGUGAGUUUAUCAAUCAUCGGAUGCGUCAUCAUGUUCAUCCUGUUUGUGUUGGAAUUCAAUGCAUACCUGACGGUAGCGCACGACUACCAGAUUGUGAUGGACGAAGGUCUUGACGAAAUGCUUCGUAUCAACUUUAACAUCACAGUCCCCGACUUACGGUGUGAGUUUGCGACGGUGGACGUAAGCGACCAAACUGGGACGCGCAAGCACAACAUGACGACCGAUAUCUACAAAAUCCGCAUCGAUUCCAAGCGCCGUAUCUUGGGCAUGUCGGCGGAAGAACAGCCCAAGCCGCAAUACGCAGACGACUCCAUCUACGGCGACCUCCCUGAAUCGGACGCGGUCGUGACAGUUCUCACUCCCAACACGUUUGAGUCGUUCUUGAAGGAGCACCAUUACGUUGCCGUGGAUUUCUUUGCGCCCUGGUGCAUCUGGUGCCAACGUCUCGAACCCAUCUUUGUCCGCACGGCCAAGUCAUUGCCGAGUUUGCACUACGGGCAGCGAAUGCGUGUGGCAUCGGUCGAUUGCCAACAGUACGGCGAGCUCUGUGAAUCGCAGUUCAUCCGUGCGUAUCCGACGAUCAUGUUUUACAAGGAUGGCGACAUAUCCCCUGUGGAAAUGUACCACGGCGAUCGCACGUUGGAAGCAUUUUUGGCAAAAUUUAAAUCGUUGUUCGACGGCGAGCAAGACUUCUCGGAGAAUCGCAAGAAGCAACUCCAUGAAGAAGACAAGAAGGAAGCCGCGUCCAAGGGAGUGGUCAUCGCGAAGGCGCCGGGGGCCGAGGGAUGCCAGUUGUACGGCCACCUCAUGGUUAAGCGCGUUCCUGGUAACUUCCACGUGCACUUGCAAAACCCGAGCUACUCAAUGGGCGUCGUCAAUGCGAGCCACGUCGUCGGCGAGCUCUGGUUUGGCGAACCAGUCGCGUACGACCAAAUGAACCGAUUGCCCAAGGACGCGCAUGCCCACCUGUAUGCCCAUCGGCUUGAAGGCCGCGAGUUCAUCUCGUAUGCGACCGAGCACACCUACGUGCACUACAUCAAGGUUGUGACGAAUUCGUAUGUCCAAAGCAACGGGGACGUGCUCAAUGUGUACAAGUACACGGCCCACAGCAACGAGUACAAGGAAGAGAACGACAUGCCUUCAAUCAUGUUUCGAUACGACUUGAGCCCCAUGUCAGUCAAGAUUUCGGAGAAGUCGGUCCCGUUUUACCACUUUCUCACUUCCGCGUGCGCCAUCAUCGGCGGUGUCUUCACCGUCAUCGGUCUUCUCGACCAAAUCAUCCAUCAAACAGUGCGCGCGCUCAACAAAAAGGUCUUGUAAUUUGAACUUGCAACUCUUUUCUUCCAA